CUGCAGCGCAGGCGUACUGCGAGCUGGAAGCCAUGUUGAAGUUAGCAUACUGACAAGUCAGAUUGCGAUUUAAAAAAGAGGAAAGAAAAAAAAAAAAAAAAAAAAAAAUCUGAUGUCGUGUGUUUAUUUGGGUUUCUUCUCACCUUUGAAAUCGGAUUCCUUGUAAAAGCCGCCGACCGCUGGCCGAACCGGGGAUUCGAAAGAUGAAUUCCAGUUUCGACCUGUCCAGACGGAAUCCGCAGGAGGACUUCGAACUGAUUCAGAGGAUAGGAAGCGGCACGUACGGGGAUGUGUAUAAGGCCCGUAAUGUGUCCACUGGGGAGCUGGCUGCCAUUAAAGUCAUCAAGCUGGAACCUGGGGAAGACUUUGCAGUGGUGCAGCAGGAGAUCAUCAUGAUGAAGGACUGCAAGCACUCCAACAUCGUGGCCUAUUUUGGCAGCUAUCUGAGAAGAGAUAAAUUAUGGAUAUGCAUGGAAUACUGUGGAGGGGGAUCUCUGCAGGAUAUAUAUCAUGUGACAGGGCCGUUGUCAGAAUCUCAAAUAGCCUAUGUGUCACGGGAAACUCUGCAGGGUUUGUACUAUCUCCACAGCAAAGGAAAAAUGCAUAGAGACAUUAAGGGAGCAAAUAUUCUUCUAACUGAUAAUGGAUAUGUCAAACUAGCCGACUUUGGAGUCUCUGCACAGAUAACGGCAACGCUAGCCAAAAGAAAGUCUUUCAUCGGCACACCUUACUGGAUGGCUCCCGAAGUUGCUGCUGUGGAGCGGAAGGGCGGGUACAACCACCUGUGUGACAUCUGGGCAGUGGGCAUCACGGCCAUUGAGCUGGCCGAACUGCAACCGCCUAUGUUUGACCUGCACCCGAUGAGGGCUCUCUUCUUGAUGACCAAAAGUAACUUUCAACCUCCCAAACUGAAAGACAAAGUAAAGUGGUCAAACAAUUUCCACCAUUUUGUCAAAAUGGCCCUGAUAAAAAAUCCGAAGAAAAGGCCAACCGCCGAGAAACUGCUGCAGCACCCCUUUGUGUCACAGCCUCUGAGUCGGACACUGGCCAUCGAGCUCCUCGACAAGGCCAACAACCCAGAUCACAGCCUGUACCCAGACUUUGACGAUGAUGACCCUGAGCCUGAGCCUCCCGUGUCCGUGCCGCCACGAAUCCGCUCCACCAGCCGGAGCUCCCGCGAGGGCAAGACUCUAUCCGAGAUAAACUUUGGCAAAGUGAAGUUCGAUCCCCCUCUGAGGAAGGAGACAGAACCUCAUCAUGAGCCACCCGACACUGACGAUUUUUUGGACUGUGCAGAAGAAAUAUACUACACUGCAAGAUCUAAUCUGGACCUUCAGCUGGAGUAUGCCCAUGGAUCUCCCGAUCACUCCUUUCUUGGAGGAAACAAGAGCCUUUUGAAAUCUGUUGAGGAGGAGCUGCACCAAAGGGGACAUGUGGCACAUUUAGAGGAUGAUGAGGAUGAUGAUGAUGGUGAUGAUGAUGAAACUCGACAUACUUCCAGUUCCACCAUGAGGCCGAAGGUCCCCCCUCCACUGCCGCCAAAGCCCAAGUGUGUCUCCACUGCUCAAGACAGCGUGUCUUCAGAAGAUGACAUCAACCAGGGGACCAUAAAGCGCUGUCCAGCAUCUGAAAGCCCUUCUCGGCCUGCCUCUUCUGUGCCCCCUCGCCCCCCACCCCCACGGCUCCCCCCACAGAAGCGCAGCAGCCUAGGUAAUGAGACCACACGCACUGAAUGCCCCUCGGACGACGAAUUGGACUCUAGGAGCUUUAGGCAAUUCUGGGAUUGGCUACAUGUCACACAAGAGGAGGACAAAGAUAACCAGAGCAAUGGGGAGAACCAGUCUCAAGUGAACGGUGAGAAGGAUAGCUGUGAGAAGGCUGAGGAACCGUCUACAAUGCCCCCUGCGCUCCCCAUCCGCAAAGAGAAAAAGGAAAUUCCGAAACCCAUAAGCAAUGGUCUUCCACCUACUCCAAAAGUCCAUAUGGGUGCGUGCUUUACCAAGGUCUUCAAUGGCUGUCCAUUAACAAUCCACUGUGCUACAUCAUGGAUCAACCCUGACACAAGAGACCAAUAUUUGAUAUUUGGUGCAGAGGAGGGCAUUUACACUUUAAAUCUUAAUGAGUUGCAUGAGACCUCCAUGGAGCAGUUGUUCCCAAGAAGGUGUACAUGGCUUUGUGUGAUGAAUAACUGUUUACUUUCAAUAUCUGGAAAAGCUUCCCAGCUGUACUCUCACAACUUAGCCGGCCUGUUUGAAUAUUCUCGACACAUGCAGAAGCUGCCUGUGGCAAUUCCAACACACAAACUUCCUGACAAAAUUAUUCCCAGAAAGUUUGCAGUUUCCAGUAAGAUUCCAGACACAAAGGGCUGCCAGAAGUGCUGUGUUGUGAGGAGCCCCUACACAGGUCAUACGUAUCUCUGUGGGGCAUUCCAGUCCAACGUAAUCUUGCUGGAGUGGGUGGAGCCCAUGCAGAAGUUCAUGCUCAUCAAGGUCAUCGACUUCCCCUUACCCUGCCCGCUGGAGGUGUUUGAGAUGCUGGUGGUCCCAGAACAACAGUACCCCCUCAUCUGCAUGGCAGUCAGUAAGGGCACAGAGCCAAACCAGGUGGUGCGCUUUGAGACUGUAAACCCAAACUCCACCUCAUCCUGGUUCACGGAGUCCGAUGCACCUCAGACAUGUGUGAUCCACAUUACCCAGCUGGAGAGGGACACCAUUUUAGUGUGCCUUGAUCGUUGUAUUAAAAUUGUGAACUUGCAAGGAAGGUUAAAGUCCAGCAAGAAGCUGUCGUCCGAGCUGACAUUUAAUUUCCAGAUUGAGUCAAUAGUUUGCCUUCAGGACAGUGUUCUGGCUUUCUGGAAGCACGGGAUGCAGGGCAGAAGUUUCAAAUCCAAUGAAAUUACACAAGAGAUUUCUGAUAGCACAAGGAUUUUCCGGCUCUUGGGGUCUGACAGAGUGGUGGUCUUGGAGAGCAGGCCAACAGACAAUCCAACGGCACACAGCAACCUGUACAUCCUGGCAGGGCAUGAGAACAGUUACUGAUCCAGCCGCAUCUUGGAAGUGCAACUUUGAAUCCCAGUUGACCCAUGCUCUGCACACCUACUCUUAUAUCAGUGUGUGUGUGUGUCACUGGGUAGAUCUGGACUUCUUUUGAUUCCAGUUAUUUAUUUAUUGUGGCAUGUAACAAAGUCACAGAAGACAUUUUUCUUUUAACUGACUCUUUCUUUCUUCCACAGUGUUGCCACCACUGAUACUCUCUUACACUACCACAAAAGUGCUUAAUAGACUUAUAUUUAAUUUUUGUAAAUAUAAAUGUAGUAUUUUUGAAGCAGGGGACUUCACAUGGUGUGAAGUUGUGUACUAAAGACUGGUAAUGUAGAUAUCUGUUAUAAAAUAUGUUGUACAGGCAUCCAGACUAUACAGGUGUAAAGAUUUGAAAAUAGCUGUCGGGGUACUACUUUAAAGGGCUUGUCUGACUCGGUCACUUGAGGGACACAUUAUAAAGGUAUUGAGAGAUUGGAAUGUGGGAACUGCCUAUCUGGUUAACACUACUAUGUUUUAAGACAUGGUUUGGUCAGUGCAGCAUAAAUCCAUGUGCUUAUUAAAUUUACAUUUUUAAUUGUAAGUCAUUUCCAGUUUUCUCAAUGCUAUGGCGUACAAUUGUUUUAAAAGUUCAUAGAAAGAAUUUAAAAAUUGUGAAGUAGAUGUACAUAUGCAUGUAUAUGUGUAUAAUAUAUACAUACACAUACUGGUAUGCGGUGCUGUGAAAAAAGUAUUUGCCCUCUUUCCAGUUUCUUUAGUUUUUUAGAUUAAGUUUGAUAAGAUCUUUUGGUCAGUUCUAGCGUUACAUGAAUUGAGCCUGAGAGAGAGAAAAAAACAUGCCAGUAUUAUGUCCCCUUCAGUUAGACCAACUAAAAUUAGGGCCAAUUAUUUUUUCACACCUAUGAUUACUCAUUUCAUUAUAUUCCAUACCAAGCAAAUUAUAUAAAAAGAACACAAGUGUGUUCACAAAAGGUGUCAGUUUUUCUCUUUCUGGCUCCAUUUAUAUACUGCUAUGAUUGACAAACAGAUGUGAUCAAAUUUAAUUUAAAAAAGCUACAGUAACAGUGAAAACGGGAAAGGGACAAAUACUUUUUUCACAACACUAUAUGUAUACAUUCAUAUGUACUAUAUACAAUUAUGCACAUCAAUAUAUAUGCUGUAUGUACUCAGAAGCUGUGGCACUGGGGUUUUGUUUUACACUAGAAUACAAGAAACAGAAGUUGUGUUGUUACCUAGGUAAAUACAAGCAUUCUGUUAAAUGCUAUUGAAAGUAAGGAAAAAUCGUAGCGCCUUUGUCCAGUGGUACUGUCAAAUAUGUCUUAAUUGUUGUACUUUUCUCAAAAUAAUGACUAUAAUCUUUAACAUUUGCUACAGUUCUAAUGGAGAUGAACAUUCCUUUUCUGGUAUAGAUUGGAGGUGAAGCUAAUUUUUAUUUUCAUUUUAACUUCAAGUGUUCUGCCAAAACCUAAUUUUUACAAACUGAAUGAUCCUAAGGCCAAAAUGAUGAGCUACUUUACCUCCUAUUAGUGCUGUCUGAAGGAAAACAGAGCACCAGAGGAGUUAAAUAAACUACUACCAAGUAGA